GAGAGCUCUAACUCCAGAUCAGUGAGACACAGGCAGACAGACAGACAGACAGACAGGCACACAGACUGACUGACAGACACACCGCCGGACCAUCAUGGACUGGAUCAAGACUCAGAAACCCGUCUCCGGAUGAGACAGGACAGCCUGGCUUCUGUUUUUUGGGGGGACUCUGCUAUAGAUACGUGGAAUAACCGACAACCUAUUGGGAGAUUUAACCCCGUGCUACCCGUGAUGGAAUAUUUACACUCUUCUCAUUUUCCAAUUUUUCUCCUGUUCUCUUCCUCCUACUUCUCUUCCUCCAACACCUCCACCUCCUCUUCUUCAUCCUCUCACAUUUUGACACGCUGAUGAAGAUGCGCACGAAUGCGUCUUUUGCGCACUUCUAUUGCGACCGUCACUGACAGCGCCCGUGCUUUAUAACCUUUUUGAAACCCUAUUGUUUUUAGACAGCCGGGAGAGGAGAGAAAGAAGUGGAGUGAGCAAGAGAGCGAACGAGGUGUGAAUUGAAUUGAACGCGGUGCUGGUCUCAUGUUUCACGCCUAGGGCCCGGAUGUACCGAGAGAUGCACCGGUGCGUUUUCCCAACCGGUUCCGCCGAAAGCUCCCUCAUUUUUCUCGCCUUCUCCUCCAUCAUGGGGAUUAGGUAAUAUUCACUCCAUCCGAAGAAACCCUCCCCAUAAACUAAAAUAACGGAAUACCCAAGACUGUCCGUGUCAGACAGUUAUUUCUUCUUUCCCCCCCCCUACCCCCCCCCCCCCCUUUUUUAAUUUCUUUAUUUUUGGGGGCUUUUUUUUCCUCAUUAUUUUCCCUCCGCCUCUCCAGCCUUUUCCUCUCUCUUCCAUUCACCUAUAGGGAUAACGCCGGACUACAUUUAUGGUAAAUGAAAGCAAAAACAUGUACAUCCCGGAGGACACCCUUGAGAACCAUCAAGGCUCCGACUACUCUCCUCCUCCCCUCCUUCCUCCCCCCGUCCUGAGCAACGAGCACAGUGGAAGUGGUAGCCAUGGUGACCACGGUGGAGGAGGGGGCGGGGUCAACCACGGGUUAGGGGUGGUGGGCCUGGCCCCGGAGCACAUCGCCACACCGGGGGCAGCCCUGAGCUGGCAGGCGGCCAUCGACGCUGCGCGGCAGGCGAAGCUGAUGGGCAAUGCCGCAUCGGGCGGAGGGGCGGGGGUUGGGUCGGGAGUGGGCGGGCCCAUCUCCACGGCAAGCUCCACGCAAAGGAAGAGACAACACUAUAGCUCUAAGCCCAAGAAACAGACAACAACGACAGCCACAAGGCCGCCUCGGGCCCUACUCUGUCUCACACUCAAGAACCCCAUCCGCAGGGCCUGCAUCAGCAUCGUGGAGUGGAAACCGUUUGAGAUCAUCAUCCUGAUGACCAUUUUCGCCAACUGUGUGGCCUUAGCCGUCUACAUCCCCUUCCCUGAGGAUGACUCAAACGCCACCAACUCCAACCUGGAGCGUGUGGAGUAUCUGUUUCUCAUCAUUUUCACGGUGGAGGCAUUCUUGAAGGUAAUAGCCUACGGCCUGCUCUUCCACCCCAACGCUUACCUGAGGAACGGAUGGAAUCUGCUCGACUUCAUCAUCGUAGUCGUAGGGUUAUUCAGUGCCAUCUUAGAGCAGGCCACCAAGGGGGACGGUGCCACUCCUAUUGGAGGGAAGGCAGCGGGCUUCGAUGUCAAGGCUCUAAGGGCGUUUAGAGUACUCAGACCCCUCAGACUGGUCUCUGGAGUACCCAGUUUACAGGUAGUGUUGAACUCCAUAAUCAAAGCCAUGGUUCCUCUGCUCCAUAUCGCCCUGCUUGUCCUCUUCGUCAUCAUCAUCUAUGCCAUCAUCGGCCUGGAGCUCUUCAUGGGCAAGAUGCACAAAACCUGCACUCACCAGAAUACAGGCACCAUUGCGGAGGAAAAGCCGGCACCGUGUGCACCUGACGGAGCUUACGGUCGACACUGUAAAUACAACGGAACAGAGUGCAGAGUGGGAUGGGAGGGCCCAAACGAUGGCAUCACCAACUUUGACAACUUCGCCUUUGCCAUGUUGACGGUGUUCCAGUGUAUAACCAUGGAGGGCUGGACAGACGUGCUGUACUGGGUGAAUGAUGCAGUAGGGUACAUGUGGCCGUGGAUAUAUUUUGUCACCUUAAUCAUCAUCGGAUCCUUCUUUGUGCUAAACUUGGUUCUGGGGGUAUUGAGCGGAGAGUUUUCCAAGGAGAGAGAGAAGGCCAAGGCACGUGGUGACUUCCAGAAACUCAGAGAAAAACAGCAACUGGAGGAGGACCUCAAGGGCUAUUUAGACUGGAUCACUCAGGCUGAAGACAUUGACCCAGAGAAUGAAGAGGAGGGCAUGGACGAUGACAAACCUAGAAACCUGAGCAUGCCAGCCAGUGAGAAUGAAUCAGUCAACACAGACAACGCCCCCGGGGGAGACGUGGAGGGAGAGACCUGCUGUACCCGGCUAGCAAAUAGGAUCUCCAAAUCCAAGUUCAGUCGAUACUCUCGGAGGUGGAACAGGCUGUGUAGGAGGAAGUGCCGGGCAGGGGUCAAAUCACAGGUUUUCUAUUGGCUGGUCAUCUUCCUGGUUUUCCUCAACACUCUGACCAUUGCCUCUGAACAUCACCAGCAGCCUCAGUGGCUAACCGAUGUACAAGACAUAGCUAACAAGGUGUUGCUAGCACUCUUCACUGGUGAGAUGCUGUUGAAGAUGUACAGUCUGGGUCUGCAGGCAUACUUUGUUUCGCUCUUUAAUCGCUUUGACAGCUUUGUAGUAUGUGGCGGAAUUCUUGAGACCAUUUUGGUGGAAACCAAGAUCAUGUCUCCUCUCGGCAUCUCUGUGUUACGUUGCGUACGCUUGCUUCGAAUCUUCAAAAUUACCAGAUACUGGAACUCCCUGUCCAACCUGGUGGCCUCCUUGCUAAACUCUGUUCGCUCUAUCGCUUCCCUGUUGCUCCUGCUCUUCCUCUUCAUCAUCAUCUUCUCACUGCUCGGCAUGCAGCUAUUUGGGGGAAAAUUCAACUUCGACGAGACCAGACGGAGCACUUUUGACAACUUUCCACAGUCUCUGCUCACUGUGUUUCAGAUCCUAACAGGAGAGGACUGGAAUUCUGUGAUGUAUGAUGGUAUCAUGGCAUACGGUGGACCGUCCUUUCCUGGCAUGCUGGUCUGCAUCUACUUCAUCAUCCUCUUCAUCUGCGGAAACUAUAUCCUACUGAAUGUCUUCUUGGCCAUCGCUGUUGACAAUCUGGCAGACGCCGAGAGCCUGACAUCUGCCCAGAAAGAAGAAGAAGAGGAGAAGGAGAGGAAAAAGCUGGCCAGGUUGGCCAGUCCAGAGAAGCGGCAUGCCAACGAGAAGCCGCCUCUGAAGGAGGAGAAGAAGAAGGAGAAGAUAGAGUUGAAGUCCAUUACUUCUGAUGGAGAGACCAACACUGCUACUAAGAUUACCAUGGAUGACUACAGUGGUGAUGAGACUGAAGAGAAGAACCCAUAUCCUGCCAAUGAUUACAUAGGAGACGAGGACGACGAAGAGCCAGAGAUGCCAGUAGGACCAAGGCCGCGGCCACUCUCUGACAUUCAGUUAAAGGAGAAAGCCAUUCCCAUGCCUGAGGCCCGUGCUUUCUUCGUCUUCAGCCACACCAACCAAUUCAGGGUUCUGUGCCAUAAGAUCGUCAACCACAACAUCUUCACCAACCUCAUCCUCUUCUUCAUCCUGCUCAGCAGCAUCAGUCUGGCAGCAGAGGACCCGGUCAAGAACGACUCCUUUAGAAACCUGAUCCUAGGCUAUGCAGACCACGUCUUUACUGGACUCUUCACCAUAGAGAUUAUUCUUAAGAUGACAGCAUAUGGGGCAUUCCUCCAUAAAGGUUCAUUCUGUAGAAACUAUUUCAAUAUUCUGGACCUGGUGGUGGUUAGUGUGUCCCUCAUCUCCUCUGGAAUACAGUCCAGUGCAAUUAAUGUGGUGAAGAUCUUGAGAGUUCUGCGAGUGCUCAGACCACUGAGGGCCAUUAAUAGAGCCAAAGGACUUAAGCAUGUAGUGCAGUGUGUGUUUGUGGCCAUCCGGACCAUCGGCAACAUUGUCAUCGUUACCACGUUGCUCCAGUUCAUGUUCGCCUGCAUUGGAGUACAACUCUUUAAGGGCAAGUUCUUCUUCUGUAGCGACAGCUCCAAACAAACUUAUGCAGAAUGCAGGGGUUUCUACAUUAUGUAUAAGGAUGGUGAUGUGGGGAAGCCUGAAAGAUCCGAGAGAAAGUGGGAGAACAGUGACUUUAACUUUGACGAUGUCCUCCAAGGCAUGAUGGCUCUGUUUGCUGUGUCUACCUUCGAGGGCUGGCCAGGAUUACUGUACCGGGCCAUAGACUCUCACACUGAGGAUGUUGGGCCCAUCUACAACUACCGCGUGGUCAUCUCCAUCUUCUUUAUCAUCUACAUCAUCAUCAUUGCCUUCUUCAUGAUGAACAUCUUCGUCGGUUUUGUCAUCGUCACAUUCCAGGAGCAAGGAGAGCAAGAAUAUAAGAACUGUGAGCUGGACAAGAACCAGCGUCAAUGUGUGGAGUAUGCUUUGAAGGCACGUCCGUUGCGUCGAUACAUCCCCAAGAACCCAUACCAGUACAAGGUGUGGUAUGUGGUCAACUCCACCUACUUUGAGUACCUGAUGUUCACACUCAUCCUUCUCAACACCAUCUGUCUGGCCAUGCAGCAUCAUGGACAGACGAAAAAUUUCAAUGAUGCCAUGAACAUCCUCAACAUGCUCUUCACUGGACUCUUUACUGUGGAGAUGAUCCUUAAACUGAUCGCCUUCAAACCCAGGGGGUACUUUAGUGAUCCCUGGAAUGUGUUUGAUUUCCUCAUCGUAAUUGGCAGCAUAAUAGACGUCAUUCUCAGUGAGAUCAACCCAGCUGACUCCUCCUCGUCCUCGUCCUCCUCCUCUUCGCCCUCCUCCUCCUCCUCUUCCUCCUCUCACCCCCCUGUGGUAAGGCCAAUGGUACGCUCCAACGGUAACCUCGUACGCCUCCCUACCUCCUCCACCAUCCCUCCAUCCCUCCAUCCUUCCAUCCCUCCUUCUGCUACGCCAACCAUGGGACUGCAGAACUCUGAAGAGAACGCCAGGAUCUCCAUCACCUUCUUCCGGCUGUUCCGCGUGAUGAGGCUGGUGAAGCUGCUGUCUCGCGGGGAAGGGAUUCGGACCCUGCUGUGGACCUUCAUCAAAUCCUUCCAAGCUCUGCCCUACGUAGCUCUGCUUAUAGUGAUGCUAUUCUUCAUAUACGCUGUCAUCGGCAUGCAGAUGUUUGGUAAGAUAGCGCUGCGGGACCACACACAGAUCAACAGGAACAACAAUUUUCAGACGUUCCCCCAGGCAGUGCUGCUGCUCUUCAGAUGUGCAACAGGUGAGGCAUGGCAGGAGAUCAUGCUGGCGUGCUCGCCCGAUCGGCCGUGUGAGAAAGGAUCAACUAAUGAGAACAACACGGCUAACGAGGACUGUGGCAGCCAGUUUUCCAUUAUUUACUUUGUCAGCUUCUACAUGCUCUGUGCCUUUCUGAUCAUAAACUUGUUUGUGGCCGUCAUAAUGGACAACUUUGACUACCUGACACGUGAUUGGUCGAUCCUGGGGCCGCAUCAUCUUGACGAAUUCAAGAGGAUCUGGGCUGAAUAUGACCCAGAGGCUAAGGGGAGGAUAAAGCACUUGGAUGUUGUGACUCUGCUGCGGAGAAUCCAGCCUCCCCUCGGCUUUGGAAAGCUCUGUCCACACAGGGUGGCCUGCAAGCGUCUGGUGUCGAUGAACAUGCCUUUGAACAGUGAUGGAACAGUGAUGUUCAAUGCCACGCUGUUUGCCCUGGUCAGAACAGCACUCAGGAUCAAGACAGAUGGUAACCUAGAGCAGGCCAAUGAGGAACUGAGGUCAAUAGUGAAAAAGAUCUGGAAGAGAACCAGCAUGAAGCUCUUGGAUCAAGUAGUGCCCCCUGCUGGAGAUGAUGAGGUAACAGUCGGGAAGUUCUACGCUACCUUCCUCAUCCAGGAAUAUUUCCGCAAGUUUAAGAAGAGGAAAGAACAGGGGCUGGUGGCCAAGGUGGCCCCCAAAACUGCCCUUUCUCUGCAGGCGGGCCUGCGGACUUUGCAUGACAUCGGUCCAGAGAUUCGGAGGGCCAUCUCUGGAGACCUGACCGUGGAGGAGGAGCUGGAUAAAGGCCUGAAGGAGCCUGUGUCGGCUGCAUCCGAGGACGAUAUCUUCAGGCGUACCGGUGGGUUGUUCAGCAACCACGUCAACUACUAUAACCAGAGCGAUGGCCACAGUUCCUUCCCACAGUCCUUCACUACCCAGCGUCCCUUGCACAUCAGCCAGAAGGGCUCCCCUUGCGAAGGCGAGAGCCCGUCCCACGAGAAGCUUAUGGACUCGACCACUUUCACCCCUUCCUCUUAUUCUUCAUCAGGCUCCAACGCAAACAUCAACAAUGCCAACAACACUAGCAUGGUCGGGGUGACGACACAGGGAAUCAGUCGAUUCCCAAGCCCGUCCAUAAGCACUGUGGACGGGCACACAGGACAGCCACUCACCCCCAUCCUGCUGCCAAGAUCUGCAUGGUGCUUUCCUCCAAAGAGCUCGGACUUAAGUGACAGCCGUCUGCCAAUCAUCCGAAGAGGCGAGGGGUCAACGGAGGAGACGUAUGAUGAGAGCUACGGCGACGACAGGGAGUACCACGAGGCCGACCACUCGCUCUCCUCUGACAUGCUGGUGUAUCAUGAUGAGACAUUUAAGCAGUUGACUCCCAUGGAGGAAGGAGAGGAGGUAGAAGACAGAAGAGGAGGAGGAGGGUGGCAGUCUCCAAGGAGAGUCUUCCUCUGCCCCACUUCUCUGGGGCGUAGAUCGUCCUUCCAUCUGGAGUGUCUCAGGAGACAGUCAAAGCCAGACAUCUCCCAGAAGACGAGUGUACCGCUACAUCUUGUACAUCAUCAGGCUCUGGCAGUUGCAGGGUUGAGUCCUCUGCUAAGAAGGAGUCACUCCCCUACCCUCUUCAGCCAACUGUGCUCCACGCCUCCAGCCAGUCCCUUAGCCCAUGGCAGUGAUGCCUCGUACCAACGAGUGCCCUCUCUAAGGCUAGAGGGCUCCUCCUCCCAUGAAAAGCUCAAUACCAGCUUGCCCUCUGUCAACUCUGGGCCCUGGUACAACGACAGUAAUGGGAACAGCCGGGUGCCCAGUCCUAGCCCCAGCGUGUCAGUGUCCAAUCAAAGACCACAACGGCCGGUGUCGCUCACAGUGCCCUCGCUACUGGGCAAAGACUCCAGCUCACUGUGUCACGGCAGCGCAGGCAGUCUGGUGGAGGCGGUGCUAAUAUCAGAGGGUUUGGGUCAUUUCGCCCAGGACCCGUCGUUCAUCGAGGCGACCAAAGCCGAGUUGGCCGAUGCAUGUGACAUGACCAUUGAAGAGAUGGAGCACGCCGCCAACAACAUUCUCAACGGCAACGCCGCCACCAACGCCACAUCCUGCACCUCCUCCACCUCCCAGCACAGCCCCAACGGCAACCUCCUCCCCUUCCACACAGCAGCAGCAGCAACGCACAGGGACCAAGUGGUCAGCGAGGGCGGGGAAGAAGCCAGAGGAAGCAGAGGCUCUGUCCAUGAGCCGUCCUCGGUGGAGGAGCGGCAGGAGCUGCUAGCGGGGGGGAGGGGACGAGAAGAGGAGGAGGAAGAGGCGGUAGGGCGGGAGGAGGGGCAACACAGAAGCUCGGUUGUGAUUGGCGGAGCGCAGCACAGGAACAGCGGGCUGUUGGAGGACGAGGAUAUGGAGUGUGUGACGAGUUUGUAGGAGUUAGAUUGAUGGGUGCGAUUGGCCAACUGGCCCCUCUGACAUCAUCAGAGACUGACGCUUGUCAGUGCUGGGUAACAGCGCCACGGCUAGCUCUGUCUGUCCCCGCCCCACUCACACACACACACACACACACACACACACACACACACAGAUACACAGUGUCUGCCUCUCUGCCAGACGUAACCGCUCUGGACAAUGGCGGCCAGUGACGCAACCAAACACCUGGUUAUGACUUUGUUGGUUAAUAUGACUUUGUAUGUGUGUGAAUGUUUGUAGUCAAGUAUACCACACUAUACUCUAUACUAUCUGAGUGUAUGCUUGUAUGUGACCUAUGAUUUGUACGCGUGUGUGAGUGCGUGUGUUCUACACGUGUCUGAGUGUGUCUCUAAAGUGCCUCACAGUUUUAUCAUGUCCUCAAAGUGUGAAGAGCAGAAAAGUAGAGAGAAGCAAAAAAGCGAGGAUAAAGUAGAAAUGAAGGAAAGGUAGAAAGGAAACAACAGAAGCAGGAAGUCCUUUUAUGGAUUUUUUGCAGUCGACGUAGUGUGUUUAUUGUUUUCAUUUCCUAUGCCUACUUAGGUGUUGUGUUAGUGUUGUUUGUCUGGCCGCCAUGAAGCCAGGUAGGGGACAGCAGACCAGCUCGGGGGGGGGUGGGGUCAGUUAAGGAUUUAAAUCUGACCACACCCACUUGUGGUCAAAGGUCAACACCUCCUUCUUGGUUCACUGAUGAUGAAGCGCUGUAUUGAGUAAACGGGGCGAGGAAAAACCCUGUUUGAAAUCUCUUCCUCUUCCAAAGCUAAGGAACCUUGGAGCACAGCCCUGCCAGCCUGGGGGUGGUAUUAAGGUGACACACCACCCCCUGCCAAAAAUCCCCAAGAUUUUAGGGAUGGCCCAACAGCCACAACAGGGCUUCUGUAGGGGGCCACAGGCAGAGAGAGACACUCUCUGGCCAACAGGAGGCUGGCCAGCUCUUUUGUCCGCUGUUCAACGAGAGACAAACUCACCUCGUUCGUCACCUUGAUCUGGCAUCGCCUCCUCUGCCGCUUUUCCUUGUUUGACCACGCCCACCACCUGCCCCAAACAGGAAAUGGGAGGAGCAUUUGGUGGCUAAGCAAAGACAGCAAGCCCCCUUUUCUGCCUCAUACCUCGCCGUUCCUCACUCCCUCCUCUCUCUUAUUUGGUUAUUCCACGACCCCUCUUCCUCCAUCGCUGGGUUUUUUGCUUUUUUAGCCCUCGGGAGGUGAGUGUGUCAAAUGGGGCAACAGAGACGGAGGGUGGAGGAGAGAACGGGAGUGACCGAUUGAAAAGAAAACAAACUCGGGGCAUGGAUCUACAGAGGAUCUGUCAGUCAAUCAACCUCACUUCCUUCACCAAGACCCUCCUCUUCCUCUCAGCGUAGAAUCCUAUUGGAUUUGCUGCCACACACUCUCUCUACAGACCACGCCCAUGUAUUUAACAGUUCAAUAUUGUGCAAAACUGGCUAGCCAUGACUAUUUUGUUUUAUAUUCAUGAUGUUAUUGGUUUAAUUUAUCCUUGAUUUGUUUGCACAAUCGGGGUGCUGGUCUUAUAAAUGUAUUUUUGCUCGGUUUAUUUUAGGAGAAUUUUAAGAGGUUUUAAGUAUUGAAGCAGGGCGUAGUGUUUGCGUGCGAGUGUAUAACUAUAUUGGUGCGUGCGGGUGUGUGUCUGCGUUUUAGUACAGAAUGUAUGUAUGCACGAAUGUGUGAGAUAGUGUGUGUAUCUAAAAGGGGGUCUUUCUCUCUAUCAGUAUGCACCUUUUACAGAUUGUAUCUAUUUAUUUAUUUAUUUUUCCCAGAAGAGAAAAGUGUGUGUGAGAAUGUGCAUUUGUGUGUGUGUGUGCCUGUGUCCGAGUGGUUACUUAUGUAUUCUAAACAGCUGAUUUUAAGCCUAGACAGUAAAUUAAGGUAGCAUUACAAGUAUGGUAUUUUGUGCGUGUGUGUGCGCAAGGGUGUGUGUGUGUAUGUGAUAAUUGGCCUCCUUAACACAGGGUUACCAUGGACAGGCAUGCUUCCAAAGCUUUGGGAUUUCUUUAGCACGGUUUUUACUUUUUAGCCAAGCUGCAGAGUCAGAAGCCAUUCUAUCUUUGAAUUUGUGUCAUCAUAUAAUUUUUCUUUAUUUCUCUGUUUAGAUAUAAUUAGGCGUAAGGUCUCCAGCGAGGUCAGAGUGACGGUAAAGUUUACAGUGGUGAUGAGUUUUGGCAUUGCAGCUUGGCCAGAAGGGAACAAGCCUUUUGGCAAUUGCUGCUUUUCUUCUUUAUGGUGGAUUGUUGCUCUGAAUGGUAGAAGCACCAAAUUCGCACUGCCACAGUGACGCCUCGUGAAUUAACUGGGGGGUGACGCACUGAUUGCUCGGCUUUAACACACCAUAAUCACACAAUUUCAUAAUUUAAUCGUAGUUUAAACUCCAAAUGAACUAUUAGGGCUGGUGUACAGAUGCUGCAAGACUUCUGAAUCACAUCUCUUUGUCUGAGGUCUGCUCAUAUCACAAAACAUUAUGAUUUAUUGUCAUUGUUAGAAAUAAAACAGCUCCCUGUCUGUAAUAUCAUUUACUGGUAAAACUAAUUACUGAAAUAAAUUAUACUACAAACAGGUCAUUUACUGUCAGUUGAUAAGAUGUGAUAAUUGUUUGGUUAACAUGAAAAAGAAUUGAAUACAGAUCAGUAAACUGUCAGCUUGGAGGGAAGUGUGUCCUGGAUGAUUCCCCAGUGGUGUGAAUUUUGUCUUUUUAUUUUCUUCUAAUGGCUUUUAGGUAGCAUGCUCACAACCUUUUACUGACCUUUCUCUUUUAUAGUUUGGAUUCACCUGAGAUAAGGUAUGACCACAUGAUGCCAUGGCCAGUUAUGGACCUCAGGCACCUCAGUACAUUACACAGGGCACAGGUCUCCCCUUGGUGUUGUAUCUUUUUUCAAAAAAAAAAACAUUCCUAAUGUCAGUAUCACAUCCUUGGUGCCAAUUGUCACAUUUAUUGAACAACUUUAUAGUAUUUAAAACUGAAAUGAUUCAGUUCAGCUCUCUAAAGCGUUAAAACAUAAUUGUCGUUGCCACCACAAUCCGGAUGCAAAGUCAACUGUACACUAGGCUAGUAUUAAAAGCCUGUAUCUUACCUGACCAGUGCUCACAUGCAGGUACAUCUCAGUGGAUCUAGGCAAAAAGAUUUUCUAUGGUCAAUUUUAUUUUCGGGUUAGAGCAUUAAAAAACGUACUUUUAAACUUACACUCUCUUAUUAGCUCAAAAGAAAAUUCAAAUAUUUUGCAACAGAUGUUUAUCUCUAAAGAUUUCACUUUUAAAUACAUUGAAUUUCCACCCAGAGACACUUUCACAUGUAAACUUAUAGCCAUUAGUUUUCACUUUAAUUUACCAUUCCGGACUAACUGCUGAGCUCUCAUUCCUAUAUGUUAACAUGUUAAGCAGAGCAGGUUUGUGGCAGGGAAGGGUAUGCAUGAACACACUGCCAUACACUGCAUCCUGUGCCAGUAACAGACUUCUGACAUUAUUAUGCAAACUAAAUGUGAAUGUUGAACGUGUUUUAGUGGCAGUGCUAUUGUUGUUUUGUGGUUAUUAUCAUACUGCAAGGCCUGAAGAAGUCUGUGUUGUCAAAGGAAUACCCUCCCUGACAUGUAGUCUGUUCUUUUCUUUUCUUCCUUUGGCCUCAUAAAACAUCUUCAGCAUUUCUUUUUUUCUUUCAGUUAUUUUAAAAGCAACUCAUUAAAAUAGUAUUUAUAUUUAAACGACUUGGUACCAUAAGUUAACAGACUACUUUUUGGCUAGUGGCUCACAUCAGUUUCAGUAUUUUAGUCAAACUUUAAGUCUAAAAGUUAGGAAAGCAGAUUUAAAGUGUGGUCAAACAUGUUAAUGUGUGUGCAGCGAAGCAUUUGGGUUCAGUUUUUGUGUGCACAAUCUCACUUAGUGCUUUGGUUUUUGUUUUCACACUCUGUCGGAUCAGCCCCGGUAAAGUUGAUUUAACCCUGAACAAAUUUAAAAGAUAUAAUGAGUCCUCCUCCUGGUUAUUAAUGCUGGUUUAUUCUCUGACUAUAGGACUAAAUCCUCAAUAAUAAAUGUAACCAGCAGGCACCUGAAUUGUAAAGUAGUAGUUUUUGUAUCUAAGCUGCUACAGAAAAGCCAGUAUAGCAACAGCUGUGGAUGUUACUCUCUCAAGGCAGUUUUGAUAAGAAGCCAUGUAAUGAAUGACAAUAAUUACUUUAAUAAUGUAUCAAUGAAUUAUCCAAAACAGAACCAUUCUCAGACUUGACCAAGUUAAGAAAAAGGAUGGGAAGAUUUCCACAAUCACUGAUCAAUAGUCACAUUCAUAAAUGUUCAGUAUCAUCUCCAGCUUUGAGGAUAAAAGAACAUAGAUAAUGCAUACAUGCACCUCAGAAACUACAGUUCAAAUGCUUUACCUUUGUGUUCCUAAUAAACGUCCACUUACAUAUUAUAGACACACACAUUCAGAGUAACCCCGCAUAUCAGAAGUGUAAACCCGGGCUUUGUUGUUUCUGUUUGAUUUCAAACGCUGGUGAGAGAGAUACAGAGGCAUGUGGUGCCCCUGUGUGGAGUGGAGCAGCAUUGCAGUUUUUAUGUUACAUAUAGGUUGAACUAUGAGUUGUAUAUGGUAUGAGUGGGUGUAAUCCUGCAUCCCACAAGAUAUGCAAAAACAAUGCAAUAACUAUGACUGUAUACAAGGUUUCCCGAAGUAAAUAUAUUUGUGAAAGUGGAAAAAAAAAAUAUCAUGACCAUGUAUAGUUUUUUUUUUUUUUUUUUUUUUUUACAUUUUGACGUAAACUCAGUGGUUUACAUGCCAGAGAAACCUAACAUACUUGAAAUCAGGUACAUUGCAGUGCAGUAUAGUAAAGAGUAUUUAUUUAUCUUUCUCGUGCCAGGGUGUUGGAUCUGCAUCUGCAGUCUAAAAUGUGUAUUGAGACAUCGACAUGAAAUUGGUGUUUUUUGCUUGCGGCUUAACUUCCAGCCAGUGUAGCCCCAGGAUGAAAAUCUCCAAAAACAACCAGCUUCACCUCCCUGACUCAAUAUGUGUUUGACUGCAUCUCUUUCUCCUGUUUAUUUCCAGUUUUAAAUGGAUUAAGCUAUUAGGGUGUACCAUCAGUAUUGCAUGAGGUUCACAUGUUGACAUUGAGCGUGCCAGGUUUUGCAGUCUUUUUGUUUUGAUCAGGUUAAGUAUCAUAUCCCAUUAUGACAGUAGCUAUUUCUAUUUAGUGUACAUAUGAUUAAAGUCAGUAUUUUUUCUCUAGAUAAACUUCUGAGUGUGGACAGCAGGAGGGGUGUUCGGAAGGUGAUUUUGCAUAUCUUGUGUCCUCCGGGCUCUUAGUUCAUUUUCUGAUUCCUAACCCCGAGAAGGACAGAGCUCAUGUUUAUAUGAUUGUCGAACGUUGAGAGAGAAAGCAAACUACGGUAUUUUUACUCCACAGUUUAGACAGGUGUCACUAUUUCUUUGCCUAUGUGUCUCUGUUUUCAACUUGUAUCUUUUCCUUGUUUGACAUUUGGAAGAUGGACCUGUGGGAAUCAUUUUUAUGAAAUGGACCAAGUCACCCAUAAUUAGUAGUUUUGUUUUUUACAAAACAUAUUGAUGGCUCAGGACAGACAAACACAGAGGCAGGAGCUACAUAGCACGUACACACUCGAUUGCUUACUUGCUAUGUUCAAGCACAAAGUAAACAGUAUACAUGAAAACGUCAACUUAAAAUCCACAGGUUAAACUGAAGCGGUGUCCCAAUUCCAUACCACACACUAAUUCUGAGCAGUUUUUAAGUAUUUAGUGUGUUCAGAUAUAUACUGUAAGUAAAAGUAUAAGGGGGACUCGCAAGAUUGAAAGAAGAAUGGUAGAAAUCGAUGGAGCAGAGGCUGAGCUAUCCUGACAUUUAGACCUAAAUAUGCUUUUCUAUAGACCCUCCCUGCCCACAUAUUUUAAACUUCAUGGUUUCUAAAAUUAAUUACAGAUUAUCAAUAUCACUAUCAUUCAAAUUAUAGUGUAAUUUUAAAGUCAGUUUAGUCGACAUUGGACAGUGUAGCAUAACAUGGUUAGGUAUGCUGAUUUAUUGUAAACCAACAGCAAAAACAUAAUAUAUAUAUAUAUAUAUAUAUAUAUAUAUAUAUUAUAUUAUAUACGAUAAGUGUAUAGUAUGGAAUUGGAACACAGCAGUGUUUUUUGUUCACCCUGCCGGUAAUAGUCCCUUAACAGCUGGUAUUUUGACUAAUCAGCAGUAAAAGCACAGGUGCAACUUAUAAACUUAAACAUGGCUUACUUCCAUUUUGGUGUGCCAGUAAACCGGUGUGCAUCAAACCUCAGCUGUGGAGCUGGAACCACUAAAUGGGAAGUCGCCAUUAUUAAUAAUAUUAGUUAUACCUGUGUUUUGCAAGUCUGUUGUGUGUGUUUAUGUAGCUGUGGUCUCUGGCUCAGUGUAGAUAGUUAGUAGCCAGUUUAUCAGGCUGAUAAGCUGCAGCUGUCUCCACAGCUAGUUAAACUACAGCCACACCCCUCUGCCAUAAAGGGUGCAGGUCAAAUUCAAGUCAUUUCCUCAAGUGAAAGCAAAGAAAGAGAGAGAAUAAAGGAGACAAGACAAUCUGUUGAUGACAAUGGGAAGCAGUGGGUGUUUGGUCUGAGUAAGACUGUUGGAUGGAGAGUAUCUUUUGAGGAUUGUUGAAGAUUUUAUUUCAUCAUGUUUGAAUUUCAGGGUGCUCUAAGUUCUUACAUGGUGAAUUAUAUAUCCAAGUAAUGUAUGUGCAUGAGUUCUCUCUCUAGGGAUAUAAAGUAUUGGUCCUAUGUGAAUGAUAAUAUCUGUAUCUCACCACUAGCCAAUGAAUGUAUGUUUUUUAUACACCACAUACCAUAUUAUAGCAAGAAAUAUAUGAAUAUAUAAUAUUUAAUCACCAGAAUGUUAUAAUAAGGAAAAGGCAGGACACUUAUUUGGGAAUGUAGUUAGUGAAAUGUUGGUUAUGAAAAUGUGUUAUAUAAGCCUACUGACUGAGAGUCAGUAAGAAUUUAGUCCCACUUUACUGACUGUAUUUUUGACCAAUAGGGAACCAGCAGGGAAUCAUGUAGCCUAGUUAUAUUUACAGAAGAAGAAGAAACAUUGUAUGUUUCAGCUGAUGGCAUAUACACAAUGGGCUUUAAGGUCGUUUCACCACCGCCUUGGAUGAUUCAGAUGACAUAAUUAACCACAGCUAAGCCCCCUCGAAAUCGAUCCAUUACCAGUGCUGUGACUCCAGAAGUAGACAGGCUCUUUGUUCAGCUUUUAAAGACACUAGGGUACAGAAAUCAACGUGGUUCAUUUGCCACAUUUUCCAAUUUUACUUAAAAUUUUAGGCAACAGCGAGAUCUGAAAUCUAACGUGUUUGCGUUUAGUUUUUAGUUUUUUUCGUGAAGUGAGCUGAAAGACAGUAAGCUACCAGCAACCUGUCAGCGUAGGUCAAAGUCUGGACAUUUUCCUACUGUAGCACCGAGAGACCUGUCUCUCUUUCACUAGUUGAUACACACACAUAUAUACACUGUACACUUUUUCAAAUGCAUUAUCAAAGCUAUUAAAGACAUCAAACCAAAAGAAUCCACCUAUCAAGGACUAGCUCUCUUUAUGGUUUGAGCCAUGAAAAUCAUGUAGCUUCUAUUUUUUUCUUCCAAGAAAGGAAUUAGAGGACUUGAACUAUAUAAGUGUAGAUACAUGACAGAGUACAUUUCAAGCUGCUCAGUGUUAAAAAAAAAGAAGAUAUGUCAUCGAACAUGCUUUUUAUUUUACACGUGCCAUUUUAAAAAGUAUUAGAGUUCUGUGUUUAUCCUAAACUAUACACAGAUAUGUGCUCAAUUUAACAGAGAGUGUAAGGCUGGAAAGCAGGAGUUGUGUUAUUCUUCCUGUCUUAGUCACUCAGAUUCCCUCAUAUAUAUAUAUAUAUAUAUAUAUAUAUAUAUAUAUAUAUAUAUAUGUUAUAUUUUCUUGUAAACCAAAGUGUUGUUGAUAAUUGUUUGAUCCUGACAAACAUAUUUUAAGAGGACUAUUUUGAAUAUAGAUUUUAUUUUACUUUUUUCCUACAUAAAAAAAAAAUCAGCAUAGCCUGUUGUAGGACUCAAAUGAAAUCUAAUUCAAAUUUCCCUGUUCUGGAGAAACAAGAGAGGAUCGUCUCUUUGUUUUUCUCUUGUACAGAUGUCUUGACAUCGAUGCUGAUAGACGCUUUGGGGAAUGGAGCAGAACGCGAAAGGGAAUAUACUAUAAAAUACACAUUUAUAUUGCAAGUGUCUUCUAUUUUAUAUAUAUAUAAAUAUAGAGAGAGAGAAUCAAACUAUAUCUAAAUGAUAUGAUGGUAAAUGAUAGUUUACUUUGCAGAGGAUCAAAAGAAACCAUGUGAAAAAUCACAUUCAAUUCACAGCCUGCUAAAUAUAAAUGAUUCAAAGUUAUUGGAUGGGUUUUGGAGGCAAAUUGAUUGCCGUGUUUAAACUUUGAUCAGUAUUAAAAAAAUCUUAACCAACCCUCUGCAUAGUGUGCUGCACUGGCUCAUACUGUUUAACACUCAAACGCUCCUAGACAUGUGUGAAGUCUUCACAGAUCAGUUUUGGGAAAAAUUAGAUUUGUUCACUCGAGAUGGUGGUGAGGAACAAAAAUAUGAUUAAUUUACUUCCUUUUUAAAUGAACCAAAUAGAUGAUAUUUGCUUGCCUGAUAGAUUUAGAAAUAUCGUAAAGGAUUGUUAGAUAUAUAACCCACCCAUUGUGUAGCAACACCUACAGCAGCACCCAUAUGUAAACAUUUAGGACAACUGUUAGUAUUGGAAGGACCUUGAAAGCCUUGUGUUUAUCACUCAUUCCUUCUUUUAUCAGUCAUACACUUAAAUCAAUAAUAACUCAUAAAGGAGAUCCCUGUUUGCACAUGUUAGCAUAUCUGAGUUUGCCAGAGAGAUUGCUCUUUGUGUUUACUUUGAUGGAGAAAGCUGCGCCCACAGCUUGUGGAUUGAGGAAAGGAGUUUUGUGUACCAGCUAGUGUUUCUAACAUUGACUUUCUUCAGGAUAUAACUUCAGCUAACAACUCUGAGCUCCUGAGGUGUGGCAGCAGACUUUCUGUCAGUGUUUCUGGUGGUAAAACAGCUCCUCAGUAGAUCCACAAAUGUCUGUGCCUCCCUUCAUCUACUACUGUCUAAUUUUAAUGAUACUUAACUACUUAACAUUGCACACACGAAUGAUGAUUUCAUCCCUUGAAUGUGCAGCGAUGCUCAUACAAAUCUGGAAAAUUAAAGUAUUUGAGAGUAUUUUAGACUACUAGUUUAUGUUUGGAUAUUUAGCAUCCCUUAAUGGAAGAAAAUGUCAUCUCAGUUUUGACCACCACUUUCAUAAAGAAUCAGAUUUUAACUCUUAGCUGACACAUAGGAUCGCUACAAACUUUGAUUCCAAGUGGGUUUGUCUCCACACAGAAAGCCACACUUGACCACAGAGAGUUAGAAACAAACAGGUCUUGUACACCUGUGUGUGUAAUAAAUGAGUUGGCCCAUCUGAGAGCAGUGUCAUGUACAUUAUCAGUUUUCUUCCGUGAGUUAUUUCUUGCUGGUGUGGAAACGCCUCUUUAACAGCAUGCAGGCGUUGACUAAUUUUUCUUUACCCAGGCAGGGGGAUGCUGGCCUUUUUUUGCCAGCCUGAUGAUUCAAUGGCAGGUGAUCCACAGCUCCAUAUACAGUAGUGUUCGGCAAAGGCUUUCCUGUUCCUUAUUUACUGGGUAAAUGCCAUGGCUAUGUGGCUCUGUCCUCCACUGGUCAGUAGUGUCUUAUGAUCUUGUUCGUAGUCUUAGUUCACUACUCAUGCAAAGUGUUAAAGGGCCUUUGACAGGAUUGAGCUGUUUGUUUGUUUGUCUGUUAUUAUUUUGUAUGGAGAGAGGUUUUCACACAGAGACCAAUUUGUUGUAAUAUUAGUACGUGACGCUACUGUUAAAUGUAGUAUUUAAUAACAGCACUAUUUAUGGUCAAAAUAAAUGAACUAGAGUGUGUAAUUGUACUUGCGGUAGCUUUGGAGGCAGGUGGUCAUUUUGUAACAGUUCUUAAAACAUAAGCCACUCCCCCUCGACUGCGAGGGAUAUCAUUGGUUCGGAGGUUACUAAGUGACACUGGCCCAACAUCAUUUGGUUUCCUCAGUCACCAUUUGUCUCUUCGGUGACGACUGCAUGGUCUCACAGUUGACACUCCCUUUUUUUUUCUUCUUCUUUUUUUUUUCUAAUGGAGAGUUCUUGAUUUCAUUUUUGUUCAUUCACUUAAUUUUACAUUUUAGAAAGGGAAAGAAUGCAAAUGAAAUAAAUCUGAAUAUUAAUUCAAUCACUUUUUCUACUCCUAUUUUCAAUAAAAAGUGAAACGAAAAACCAAACAAAAAGUUGAUUUGUAAAUAAGUAAUGUACAGUUUGUAUCUGUAACUUGUCAGUCUGUCAUUGGUGACAGAGUCUGUCUUGCUUAUAACGCACGCUACCAGUAAAUAAAAAAAAGGAAAAAGUAUAUUUAGACUGUAUGGUCCCUUGAAAGCAAGUUUUAAAUUAAUAUCUGAUGUAUAUUCCUGUAACAUUGCAUUUUUAUCUGAGGAAUGAUGUUAUUAAAAAAUUGCAAAUAAAUUGCAUUUCCUACA